CCCUGUUGGGCGGUGUGCAGCCAGGAUUAAUGUCAUUAGCAACACCUGUGUUUGUCUGCAGCGAGAACGCUGUCUCUGAGAUGAGAGUCAUCCAUAAAAAGCUGGAGACCCAACAUUCCUCCGUGAGCAGGCACUUGGCGACAGCGGCGAAGAAAAACUCUCUUUUAACAGAUCAUCUUUUACGAGGAGAGGAACUUCCAGGGCCGCUCCUAUGAGUGCGUGAGCGACUGCUCUGACAUGUCCACCUACCUGAGCAGGUGUAGUUCCUGCAGGGUGGAGAGUGGCUGCUUCAUGGUCUACGACCGUCCCAACUUCAUGGGCAACCAGUUUUUCCUGAGGAGAGGAGAGUACUCUGACUAUAUGUCCUUUGGCAUGAGUGACUCUAUCCGAUCCUGCCGUUUAAUUCCUCAGCACAGAGGAUCCUACAGGAUGAGGAUCUACGAGAGGGAGAACUUCCAGGGCCAGAGUCACGAGCUGAUGGACGACUGCGACAACAUCAUGGAGCGCUACCGCAUGUCCGACUGCCAGUCCUGCAACGUGCUGGAAGGCCACUGGCUGAUGUACGAGCAGCCCCACUACAGAGGCAGGAUGGUCUACCUGAGUCCUGGAGAGUACAGGAGCAUGAGAGAUGUGGGCUACAGCGGCAUGAGGCUCUGCUCUGUCAGGCGUAUAAUGGAGUCCUGUUGAAGCAGAGUACAAGAAAUGUGCUGUCGA